UAUGAUAGACAUCCAUGAGACAUCCGGCAUUUUUUCUUCAUUUUCCUGCCAGAUUGUCCAAAGCGUUUGCAAAAAAGUUAAAACCCAGAGGAAAAAACAUUUAAUUUUUUGUGGCAUAGAUAACUUUUUCCACAAAAUGACUGACUUAGAAUCGCCCAAAAGAAAUAAUGAUUGUUACUUCUACUACUAUUCCACAUGUGCUAAGGGAGAUAGCUGUGGGUUUCGCCAUGAACCAUCAGCGUUAGGAUGUGAAACUAUGUGCUCUUUUUGGAAAGAAGGAAAGUGUAUGAAUGUACAUUGCAACUUUAGGCAUAUGGAAUUGAGGAAAAACCGCAAAGCAAUACCGUGUUACUGGGAGACACAACCUGUCGGUUGCCUGAAAGCCCAUUGCCCUUUCAUGCACCAAAAACCAAAACCAGAUGACUUGGAGAAAAUUUCAGAAAACUCAAGGCCUGAUAAUAACAAUGUGCUCAACGAUCAGCGGAAAGUAACAGCAGUGGACAGUCUGGUUGUAAACUUCGAAGAAGAGUCUGAUAACGAGUCGAUGCCUUCCUUUUCACCUACAAAAUCCUCAAAUCGUGUCGUGACAGUGAAAACGCUCGAAGAAAUCAGAUUAGAAAAAAUCCAAGCUGAAUCUGCAGCAUUGUACAAUUAUUCUCCAGAAGAAGAUCUUUUAAGAAGUCGAAUAGAACAAAGAAUGCAAAACGCAGAGAGAAAAGUCAGCCUUGAACCGUUAGAACGGCAGAAAUAUAAAAAUGCAUUUAGGCCAGAAAAAAGAUUGAGCGAUGAUCAAAUAGCAUCCAUAUUAGGUGACGAUUCGCUGAGGAAAAAACAAAAAAUCGUCGUCGAAAACGGAGACGGCAAUUUGAAAAUUCUGCUGGGCAGAAAAUUCUGCACUAGCCAAGUUUCCGUAACGAUAACUCCCGAAAGCAGGCUGGUGAAAGAAACGUCCGAUCCGCACGACGUUAGUGACAUCAGAAUAAAAACGCUCGCUGAAAUUCGAGCCGAGAGGCAGAAAAAAGAGAAAGAAGAGUCGGAAGUUACCAGCACAAGUGCGGGAUUCACUCCGUUUUCGGAACAAGAUCCGAUAGCGAAAGAAGAGUCAGUUGAACAGAAGAUGAAUCUCAAAAGGAAGAUAAAGUUAAGACGGCCAAAUCAAAGAGAAGUGAUUGAGAAGAGCAAUUUCAAACGACCGUCGGGAUCUAAGAAGGGUUACGAUGAGGAUGCGCUAGAAGAUGAACUUUUGCAGGACUCAGACAGCGACUUAGAUAUGAGUAUAAAUGCUGAAGAUUUGUUAUUAGAGAUGGAUAACUAAUUUUAUAAGUAGCGAUAUAGUAGAGUGUACAUAGUAUUUUUUUACUAUACAGAUAUGAGUACAAGGAAAAAUAAGUUACUUUUAAUUAGUAUGUGUAUUUGGGAUACAGGGUGUUGAAUGUACAAGGAUUCCAAGAAAGUUUACCAGUAGACUCCAAUUUAUUGAAUUUAUUGUGGUUCAGACUGAGAUUAUACAGGGUGGCGCAUCGAAAACGAAACAGACGCAUUUACUAGCAGCUCUAUUUUUUUGGAAAAACGCUCAGACCCGUCGGUUUUGUUUUCGAGGGGGACACAAGUUUGGCAAAAAAUCACGUUAACACGUGCAGCCCCCUGAGCGGGGGUGACACCACCCCCAAAAUCUUAAAUGGAAAGGGGGGUCGAGUGAUACCUUAUUUUAAAGGUCUUUCAAUUCCCUUUAUGAUAUAAAAUUAAUGUACUUCAGUUCAGUAGUUUUGAGGAUUUAUUGAUUUAAAGCUUAAAUAAAACUAAUACAUCAUCAUUUGGCAGCAAAGUAAUUUGAAAAUGAAGAAUGAACUGACCCGUUAGGCAAGUAAAUGUUGAAAAUGGCCACCAUGAACCUCUCCAUGCAAUAAUAAAGAUUUUGCUCAAAACGUUGUCGCACAUUUUGCAUUUAAGAUUUUAGGGUUGGUGUCACCCCCGCUUAGGGGGCUGCACGUGCUAACGUGAUUUUUUGCCAGACUUGUGUCCCCCUCGAAAACAAAAUCGACGGGUCUGAGCGUUUUUCCAAAAAAAAAAAAACUGAGCUGCCAGUAAAUACGUCUGUUUCGUUUUCGAUGCGCCACCCUGUAUAUAAACGUAUGCCCAAAAAUAGAAAUAUUCUUUGCAAGAUUUUAAAUUGCGACAUGCAGUAAUUAGGAAGUGUUAUAUUCUUUUUUAUGAGGAC